ACACAUGAGACACAUGAGACACAUGAGACAGGACUCCGAUGAUUAAAUGAACCAGCUCACACUGACCUGAGCAGACCUGUUGAUACGUGACGCUGCAGGGUUUGACGGGAUUUCUCGUGCACUUUGAAGAGACGGUUCAAAGAUGCGGUUCGUUCAGUUUCUUUUCUUUUUUUUUCUUUUUUUUUUGCCACAUGUGUGUGUGGGGUGUGUCAGUGGGUUCAAAGACACAUCACGUGAGCUGGAUAUUGUAACGUGGACCCAGAAUAGACUCCGCAGAUAUAAAGUUUGGUGUAGCCAUAGCAACGCCCUUUAUAAACAAAAAGUCUGCCAAUACAAACACGUGCUAGUGGAUAGUAGGCUAGUUUGCUACCGUUCAUUUCUAACCGAGGCGGAACGUGUUCCAUUCGUACCAGAAUAAUCAACAACCUCCCCCUAUCCCAAAACACGGCCAACAGGGCUCUCAAUAACAAGUUUAUUGUUCCAGCGUGUCCGAACUGCAUGCUGGGUAACAUGCAAGCUAGCUAGCUGGCGUCACACCCAGCUGGCGACAGUAGCAAAUGUGUUCGCUACAGUAUUGUUGUAUACAACUCCAUUGGCUCGUUGACCCUAAAGAGCUGCUUCAAAGACUCGGCUCGUUCGCGAACGUCCCAUCACUACUGCAGGGCAUUAUCAAUCAAUCAAUCAACCAAUCAAUCAAUCUUAUUUAUGAAGCCCAAUAUGAUGAAUCACAAUCUGCCUGAGAGGCUUUACAGCACAUCCCUCUGUCCUUAGGACCCUCACAGCUGAUUAAAGUAGUGAUUUAAAAGUUGCUGAAAGCUGCUGGACCAGACGGAGUGACUGGUAGGGUGCUGAGGGACUGUGCAGAUCAACUGGCUGGUGUCUUCACGGAGAUAUUUAACCAGUCCCUGUCCCAGUGCGCAAUCCCACCCUGCUUGAAGUCCUCCACAAUCAUCCCUCUACCAAAGAAGACCACCAUCAGCAGCCCCAACGACUACUGGCCAGUGGGAUCUACGCCCAGCAUCAAGAAGUGUUUUGAGGAACUGGUCAGGGGUCACAUCACAACAAGCCUGCCAUCCAUACUUGACCCACACCAGUUUGCUUACAGGGCAAACCGGUCUACAGAGGAUGCCAUAGCUACAGCUCUCCACACCACACUGACACACGUGGAACAGCGCGGGCGCUACGCCAGGCUGCUCUCCAUAGACUUCAGCCCUGCUUGUAACACCAUCAUACUGAGCAGACUGGGAAAAAACUUACGGAUUGGGUGUUUCACAACACAUCUGCUGCUGGAUCAGAGACUCUCUGACAGACCGUCCUCAGAGAGUUAGAGUAGGACCCCAUCUCUCCUCAGCGCUGAGCCUCAGCACUGGCUCCCCCAGGGCUGUGUGCUGAGCCCCCUACUCUACACUCUCUACACCCACCACGGCUGCACCCCCACCCACUCAAGCAAUACCAUCACUAAGUGUGCGGAUGACACGACCGUGGUGAGGCUCAUCUCAGGAGGAAAUGAGACUGCAUACAGGGAGGAGGUCCAGCGGGUGUCAGUAUGGUGCACAGAAAACAACCUGAUCCUUAACACCUCAAAGACCAAACAGUUGAUUGUGGAUUUCAGGAGAAAUAAACUGGACAUUCAUCCAAUCUGCAUAAACGGAGACAGUGUGGAGACGGUCUCAGACUUCAGGUUCCUGGGCACCCACAUUGAGGAGAACCUGACCUGGACUGCAAACACUACUACACUUCUGAAAAAGGCUCAACAGAGACUGUACUUCCUGAGGAUCGUCAGGAAAAACAACUUGACAGAGAGACUGUUGGUGUCCUUCUACAACUGCUCCAUCCAGUCAGUGCUGAGCUACGGCAUCACGCUGUGGUACGCCAGCUGCACUGCUGCUGAGAGGAAAGCGCUCCAGAUAUGCUGUGUCUGUUUGUCUUCAGUAUCCUUUAUAUAGCACUGAACCUGAGCGCUCUACCUCACUGCAUUGAACCUGUGCAAUGACAACAAAGACAUCCUGAUUCUGAUCAGGAAAAACAACUGUAGAAAACUGAACCCACAGUAGAGUCAACACAGAGCUGCGUUACCAUGGAGACAGAGAUUAGAUAAACUACAGGGCCUCUGUGUUGUGAUAACACCUGCACAGGUGUGUAAACACGUGCCAUACCUGUGCAGGGCCCUAUUUCAGGAUCAGGCUCAACAAACUCUGAUCCUGAUUUCUGGUUUGACUGAGCCUGAGCUGAGAAACAGAACAGCUGAUCAGCAUCAGCUCAGUCAGCCUGAGAGAGGUGCGUUCACGACGAGCACUGAAAGGCAUCAUCAGCAGAGUGCAGAUAACAUGAUGUUCAGUGGCCGAGAGCAGAAAGCCGCUUGUUUCAUCCGAUCAGAUUUUAACGACCGCGAAAUGAAAACAAAAAACAAAAACAACACGUCAGCUGCAGCUGAACAGCGUGAGGUGUGAUGGGAACAGACUGCAGAGUUCAGAGAUGGUUCAGGGCAUUUUGGCAGGGAGCACAAGCUUCUCGUCAGAGUGUGACCUCAUCAUCAUGAGUCUGAGCACCAACGACCUCACAGAGCUCAUGGAGCUGUGGGAGGAGCUAAACCUGACCGCCGCCGACCACGACAAUCUGUCCCAUGUGGAGGCGCUGCUGUGUUCAGGUGCCGUCAGCCACGCCUCCUUCCUCCACAUCCUCUCCGUCUUCUACAUUUUCAUCUUCCUGGUGGGCCUUGCCGCCAACGCCCUGGUGGUGUGGGUCAACCUUCGCUCCAACCAGAACCGCUAUGAGACUCACCUGUACAUCCUGAACCUGGCUGUAGCUGACCUGUGCGCUGUGGCCACGCUGCCGGUGUGGGUGACGUCACUGCUGCAGGACGGGCGCUGGUCGUUUGGAGAGGCCGUCUGUAAACUCACUCACCUCGUAUUCAGUGUCAACCUCUUCAGCAGCAUCUUCUUCCUCACCUGCAUGAGUGUGGACCGCUACCUGUCUGUCACGCUGUUUGCAGGCGCCCCCGACAGCCGAAGGAAGAAGGUGGUGCGGCGGCUGAUCUGCGUCCUGGUUUGGCUGCUGGCGCUGGUGGCCUCCAUCCCUGACACCUACUUCCUGCAGGCGGUCAAGUCGUCUCACAAUGAUGGGGCCAUCUGUCGGCCAGUGUACCCGCCUGAAAACCCUCGGGAGUGGAUGGUAGGUGUUCAGCUGAGCUUCAUCGUGCUCGGCUUUGCCAUCCCUUUCCCUAUCAUUGCCAUCUUCUACCUACUCCUGGCGGCAGUGAUUCCCCCCAGCUCGGACCAGGAGCGCCGCAUCAGCCGCCGCAUCAUCCUCUCUUACAUUGUGGUCUUCCUGGUGUGCUGGCUACCAUUCCACACUGUCCUCCUGCUGGACACGCUGUCACUGCUCAACAUCCUGCCAUUCAGCUGCCGGCUGGAGAACUUCCUGGACGUGGCGCUGCACCUGACACAGUGCUUCUCGCUGGUCCACUGCUGCAUCAACCCCAUCCUCUACAACUUCCUCAACAGGAACUACCGCUACGACCUCAUGAAGGCCUUCAUCUUCAAGUAUUCCACCAAGACGGGGCUUGCCAGGCUCAUAGACGGCUCACACGCCUCUGAGACGGAGUACUCUGCGGUUAUGAUGGACAAUAGCAACCCAAUGUGAACUGAUCAAGACCUAGAAACUCCUCUUGAAGACUCACUAACACUUUUCAGAACUUACUAAUGAUUCUUUUGUUUGCUCCUGAAGGCGGUGAUCCCUCGCAACAGCUUCCUUAACAGGAAGUACCGUCUGCCUCGAAUACGUCUCAGAUAAGAUAAGAUGAGACUGAGUACACAGUGGAAGCUGACCGUGGUCCCAGUGUGACCUCGGUUAAGACUUGGCAACACUUCUUAGUUCUUGCAAAUGCUUCUUAAGACUUUCUAAACGCUCCCUGUACCUGCUCCUGGCAGCUACGAUCCUCUCGAGCAUGGACCACGAGCCUCGAUGGUCCAACACCAUGAUGGUCUGUGGACAAGUCUCCUGAUAUGAAAGUCCACUUUCUAUGACUCUGAAAUUAAAACUUUUCCAGAAUUUGGAGUAACACUUCCCUCGGGAAUGUUACACUUAUUUACAGCACUACAUUUGUCUAGUAAGAUUUUAUUAAAGACUUAAGAACACUAAGCACGACUCUGAAAAACUUCUCAAGACUUGGGAGUGCUUUGUAAAGACUUUUCAGGACUUGAGAAUAUUUUGUACGACUUGUAAAAACUUCAUUAGACUCAGUAAUUAAAGCCUUUCAAGACUUUUGACCCCUGACUUGUCUCACCAUCAGAGGGGCCUCCGAGUCUCUGCAGGGAAACAGAAUUUAUACCUUCAACCUGUCCGCUUUAUAUUCUGUGAAUAUAUUUACUGUUUCCUGUUUGGUGAUGAAGAUGUUUCCUGUUUAGUGAUGAAGAUGUUUCCUGUUUGGUGAUGAAGAUGUUUCCUGUUUAGUGAUGAAGAUGUUUCCUGUUUAGUGAUGAAGAUGUUUCCUGUUUGGUGAUGAAGAUGUUUCCUGUUUAGUGAUGAAGAUGUUUCCUGUUUAGUGAUGAAGAUAUUUCCUGUUUAGUGAUGAAGAUGUUUCCUGUUUAGUGAUGAAGAUGUUUCCUGUUUGGUGAUGAAGAUGUUUCCUGUUUAGUGAUGAAGAUGUUUCCUGUUUAGUGAUGAAGAUGUUUCCUGUUUAGUGAUGAAGAUAUUUCCUGUUUAGUGAUGAAGAUGUUUCCUGUUUAGUGAUGAAGAUGUUUCCUGUUUGGUGAUGAAGAUGUUUCCUGUUUAGUGAUGAAGAUGUUUCCUGUUUAGUGAUGAAGAUGUUUCCUGUUUAGUGAUGAAGAUGUUUCCUGUUUAGUGAUGAAGAUGUUUCCUGUUUAGUGAUGAAGAUGUUUCCUGUUUAGUGAUGAAGAUGUUUCCUGUUUAGUGAUGAAGAUGUUUCCUGUUUAGUGAUGAAGAUGUUUCCUGUUUAGUGAUGAAGAUGUUUCCUGUUUAGUGAUGAAGAUGUUUCCUGUUUGGUGAUGAAGAUGUUUCCUGUUUAGUGAUGAAGAUGUUUCCUGUUUAGUGAUGAAGAUGUUUCCUGUUGAUGUGUCCCAGUCAGGUUAAUAAAGUCCAGUGUCCUCAAACGAGACGAUGUCACGUGUUUAUAGACAAAAUAUAAUGAAGAGAAGAAGUCUGUCUCUGCGUCCUCACAGGUGGUCGUGGAUGAUUGACUGUUUACCUGUGUGAUGUCAUCAGCUGCAGCUGUGACAGGCUCAAUCACAGAGCUGUGCGGUCGCACAGAGGCGCCACUCUGACUCACAACCCUGACACCAAAGGAUGGGCGGGUUCACAUGCAGGCAGAGAGGGAGACACCACCAUCAUCAUCAUCAUCAUCAUCAUCAGUGAGACUGAUCCUGGUUCAGCUCAGGUGAGGACACGUGUUGGGACAUGUUUACUUGUGAGGACCCUCAUUCCUCAGCUGAGUCCAGACCGUCAAACACACCUCUGAGCAAAGAUUAAAGGGCACGCGCACA